AGUCAUUCACUCUGUUGAACUGUGGUGGAAGCAGUGAGGUGUCACCUAUUGAGAUGGACACAGUAUCCAAUACACUGAAGUCACAGGACUCAAAUUUCAUACAUGUUCAAAGGAGGAGGACGACCUGGCAGAGGUUCGCGGGGAGAGGAGAAAGACCUGGGACGACGAGUUUGUCCUGAAGUGAAGCGACAGUUCUCCGCCCUCAUCCCGGCCUUUGACCCCAGACCGGGUCGCACUAAUGUCAAUCAGUACCAGGACUUCAAAAUCCCAGCUCCUGGUACAGAGCCUGCACAAUCUAGUGACAGUUUGGAUCAGAACGGUCAGCCCAAGAUUGUCCUGUACAUCAAAGCUCCUUGUCUGCCAGGGAUGGAGAACAUUGAAGUUUGCCUGGGGUCAGAGACCAGUUGUAUCUUUAAGUACAUCCAGAAAUUGUUAGUCCACGGCAUGUCAGGAAACAGGAACGAGAGGAUACAGAGAAUUUGGGAACCGACUUACACAAUUGUAUACAGAACUUUGAAAGAAGGAGAAACAAGACAAGACCUGGAGAAAAUAACUGACUCGAUGCACUCCCAGACCGGUGCCCAGUCUGAUGCUAACACGUACCAGAUUCUGAGUGAGUGGGACGUCCCCCGCAGUAACGACCCGGCGGCCUGUACCAUCGACCACGUACUACAGCUCCUACAGAGACUGUACGCCAUCUCCAUGGAACACAGUCAGAAUAUGCAGCUUAACGAGAAGAAGGGUGUACAACUGAAUGUUCCGGCAGAAGAAUUUGUCUCCAAAAAGAUGACCACCAAACUGAAUCAACAGACACAGGAUCCUUUGGUGUUGGCCAGUAAUGCCCUUCCUGACUGGUGUGAACAGCUGACCACGUCCUGCCCUAUGUUGUUCUCUGUAGAUACACGACAACUCUAUACUUCACCUGUACAGCAUUUGGAACCUCUAG